UCAGGAGAAAGAGCGCAACUCGUUGGAGUGGGAAAGAGCUUCAAAACCCGGGUGGGCUUUGGGGGACACCGCAGUCGGACCAGAGAGGGGGCGCUUCCCAGGAGACCAGACUCAGACAAUGAACUAUGUGGGCCAGAUUGCAGAAACUGUGUUUGGCACGGUGAAGGAGCUGUACAGGGGUCUGAAUCCAGCCACCCUCACAGGCUGCAUUGAUGUGAUUGUGGUAAGGCAACCAGAUGGUUCCUUAUGUUGUUCACCUUUCCACGUGCGCUUUGGGAAGCUGCGAGUUCUGCAUUCCAGUGAGAAAGUGGUUGAUAUAGAAAUCAAUGGAGAGCCAGUCAAUCUGCAUAUGAAGCUGGGUGACAAUGGAGAAGCCUUUUUUGUCCAGGAGUCAGAAGAACAAAAGGAGAGAAUCCCAAGCUUCUUGUGCACAUCUCCCAUCCCCACUGAGAAAAACAUCGAUGCUGUGGCCAAAUCUGCCAAGUUAUACGGGAACUCUGAUGGCCUGGGCUCAGAUACAGCUACCCGUAAGAAAAGAUGGCGCAAGAAGAAGCCAAAGAAAAGAGAAUCAUCUGGAGAUUCAACAUCAGAAGAAGAAGGGACAGAGAGUGAGAGAUCUCUGGAGGAGAAGCGAAAAGCGUUGAUUUCCAAUAACACAAUGUACUACUCCUUUGGAGAUGUCCAACAACAAGAAGAUGGGACUCUGCAACUUCAAGAAGUACAUCCGUACUCUGAUGGAGAGCUAGCUCCCCUGCAGAGCCUUUCUCAAAGUUGUUCAUCUGCUCCAAAAAGCGACUCUGAAUUGGAGAUCAGAAAUCCUGAACUACCUCUUAGUUCUGAAUCCCAGCUACAAUGGUCCUGGGGAAGACUGCCAGAGAUGAGCAAAUCAGACCGUGUAGAAGCAACCAAACCUGUCUCAAAUGUCUCUGCAACACCAGCCAAUGACCCAACUACUAUUAUCCCUACGGAUGAGACAACUCACUUUGUGGCUAUUACUGCUGGCUCAGAAAGUGACCUGGGAACAGCAGACUCUGAUGAUACAGCAUCUUCUCCCAUAAUUAAGCCAACCCCUGUUUUUCCUUCUGGAAAUGGACUUCUGGGAGAUGAAGACCCCUGUCCUUCCAUUUGCAUGGCUAUAGAUCAAGUGGACCCUGAUCGUGGACUUUCAGGAGAUACAGAAGUUAUAGCAGCAGUUGCAGAAGACAAGAGAUCAAAUUUCAACAAGGAGACAGAUGUGCAGACUACAUAUCCAGAUUUGGAAGUGCCUUCUUUGGAAAAACCUUUGUCAAGCAUAGAAUCCUGUAGUGAUCCAGAGGUGAACCAGGAGAAGAGAAGGAGUUCCAUAAAGAAAAACCCUCAUCUGGGACCUAGUGAUAUUUAUUUAGACGAUCUUUCAAACUUGGAUGCGGAGCAAUUAGCACUUUAUUUCCCCAAGAGUGAUGCUGAACUGAAUUGGCCACGAGCACAAUCUGACCCUGGAAUCUUCUCUCAUUCCCAUGUGCUGGGUGGUGCAACAGGUGACAGCAAUGCAGAUAAUCUGCUGGAACCUAUAGAAAAUAACCCCAUUCUCUUGUCUCUCUGUGGAGGUCUUGGAGACGAUGGAGAAUUAACUCAUGCAGAGAAGUUUAUGAAGCAUAUAGUGUCUUAUCAGGAGUUUGCAGAGAACCCAGCAAUUCUUGAAGACCCAAACUUGGUAAUACAGAUCCAAAAGAAAUACUACAAUUGGGCAGUAGCGGCUCCUAUGAUUCUUUCCCUACAGGCAUUCCAAAAGAAUCUUCCCAAAAAUACUGUUGAUAGAUUAAUGAAAGAGAAGAUGCCCAAGAAAGUUGGAAGAUGGUGGUUUUCUUGGAGGCGAAAAGAGCAUGAAAUCAGUGCCAGGAAGUCCAACAAAGAAGGCAAGAAUCAGGAGGACACUUCUCUUCAGAGGAGACAAAAUGAUUCCUCCAGUGAUGAAGAUGCUGUAUCCUCCCAUCAAGGAGACAGAUCCAUACCAGAUGCUAUUACACAGAAAUUUCUCCCAACCUACAAGAAGUCCUUAAGACUCUCCUCUGAUGAAAUUAAAAAGCUGAACCUGAGGGAUGGCCCCAAUGAGGUUGUGUUCAGUGUGACCACUCAGUACCAGGGCACAUGUCGUUGUGAAGCUAACAUUUACUUAUGGAAUUGGUAUGACAAGGUGGUGAUCUCUGAUAUUGACGGCACCAUCACCAGGUCUGAUGCUCUAGGGCAUAUCUUGCCACAUCUUGGGAAAGACUGGACUCAUCAAGGCAUCGCUAAGCUCUUCCAUAAAAUCCAUCUCAACGGGUACAAGUUUCUCUAUUGUUCAGCCAGAGCUAUUGGCAUGGCACACAUCACCAAAGGAUAUUUAGAAUGUGUCAAUGACCAAGGUUGGAUGCUCCCCAAAGGACCGAUCCUGCUUGCACCUAGCAGCCUCUUCUCAGCAUUUCACAGGGAAGUGAUUGAGAAGAAGCCAGAAGUGUUCAAAAUUGCCUGUCUGACAGAUAUCCAAAAUUUAUUUGGUUCCAAUAGCCGACCUUUCCAUGCUGCUUUUGGGAACAGACUAACUGAUGUCUAUGCCUACAAGGAAGUGGCAUUGCCAGAAUCCCGCAUAUUCACUGUAAACCCCAAAGGGGAAUUGACUCAGGAACUCAUAAAAAUUACCAAGUCCACGUAUGAGCGUCUGGGUGAGGUGGUAGAAUUUCUCUUUCCACCUAUUGGCAAAGAUGUGGUUGCUUCCAUGGCUUCUCCAGACUUCAGCCAAUUCUCUUACUGGAAAUCAACCCUGCCUACCGUAGACUUUGAAGACUUCGUCUGAUUGUUCAGAAUCAACAUUGUUUCCCAAAGAAUCCUUAACUUUUGGUCCUCCCAUGUGAUGGAUGAGCAGCAAAAUAAAGCUUGCUGUUUCUCAUCCAUUAUGCAAGGUGCUUAGCCUUUAGAAAAGACGUACGUUUGUAGCAAGGAGCCUCUCGUGUGGAAAUGUGAUCUUUCAACCCAAGAUUUAAUUUAUAAGCUGUAUUUUCAAGAAACGUGUAUUUGUGAUGUCUUUUAAGUGAUUGUACUCUAGUCUUGAUUCUUAGAUUGCAAAUAGGCUUCAUGAUGUUAAUAAGGGCUGAAAGUCUCCAUGCCUUCCAUCCCCCAGUGUUUGGGGGUCAACACAACUCAGGGGCUUGAAGAUAAGCAGCUUAUACAGAACAUUUUUCUUCUACUCACCAGUACAGUGCUUUAAUACCUACCAAACCACGUUUCACCUAGAUAUUAGUAUUCUAAAAGAAAUGAUACCUUUUCCAUAAUGAUUUCAGUUCUCUACUGCUUUUGUUGAUUACAGUAUUAUCUGAAGUGAGUAGAACAUUCUUUAAACAUUGCUUCUAAGUACUAUGACUUUUUUUUUAAAAAAAUUCUCUACUGCUGCUCUGAACUUGGUUUUACAGAGCCUCUUCUGAAUCCUGAACUCUGUCUCUUGAAUGUAGCAACAGGCAUGAAUACUGUGACUUGCUGCAAUGGGAUAUUUUAAAUCAUGACGAUAAAGAAAAAUGUAAUCUUUGACCUUAUGGUAAUUAAUGGCCGCCAAAUGCUAUACUUUAUGAACUAUGAUGAUAUUUUUUAUAAUGUCUUUGUUAGAUAUAUAGUCAAAACACCAAAUGUCCAUUAGCACGGGUAGUUCUGAAAAUCAAGAUUAUAUAUUCUUUAUCACAAGAGCACCAAUAAUAAAGAUGGGAAAAGUGCAAUAAGCAAAAAUCA